GUGUGCUGGCCGGGCAGUCCCUGUCGAAGCGAGCUUGGAAUUUUGCAUGGACGACGAGAAAGAACGAAAAUAAAAUAGGUGCCGGUCCCGGGCCGGGAGAUCAAGUCAGAGCAUUUCGGUCGGUUCAAACCUGAAAGAGCUGACGGAUCCUCCAAAGCCAAGGCGUGGAGUGGAGUAGUACUCCAUUCUACUCCAGAUAUCUUCUUCGUCUUCCUCCCGUCCGGCGGUCCGGUCCUCCGUUGGCGUUGGGGAAUUCUUCCUUGGGCAUCAGGUUACUUACAGCGUCAGGUUCUCCGUAAGGUUUCGUGGUCUGAAGAAUCUCUCGUUCUGAAUAAUAGUUAGGCUAGCUUCUCUGAUAAUUACAGGUUACUUACAGCGGCGGAGUAAGAGAGAGGGAGAUUGCUUCAUGAAUUGGACAACUGUCAUAUUAUGCUACUGAAAGAAACUUAAUUUCAUUUCCUUUUGUUGUGGAGUAUUUGUGUCAUCAUCAUCAUCAUGGCCGGAAGCUCGGAUUAUCGGCCUUUUAACCUGGCAGCAAGAGUCGUAGGAAAGAGACGACGACUCAUACUACCUGCCAAGUUGAAGUCGGCGAUACCCGCCAUUGCUCUUGUUCUGUCUGCGGUGACCAUUAUUGGUGUCAUAAUCCAGCACCACCGGAGCAUCACCUACUUCCUGCGGCCGCUGUGGGACACUCCGCCCAAGCCCUUCACCGUCAUCCCGCACUACUACGCCCCCAACACCUCCAUGACGGAGCUGUGCGCGCUCCACGGCUGGCGCGCCCGCGCCUCCCCUCGCCGCAUCUUCGACGCCGUCCUCUUCAACAACGAGCUGGACAUCCUGGAGAUCCGGUACCGCGAGCUGCUCCCCUACGUCCACAAGCUGGUCAUCCUGGAGGCCAACGCCACCUUCACCGGCAUCCCCAAGCCGCUCUCCUUCGCCGAGAACCUGGAGCGCUUCGCGUUCGCGAGGUCCAAGAUCGUCUACGACAGGCUCCCCAUCGCCACACCGGGGUCAUCGCCAGGUCGCCGCCGGGAAGAGCCGUUCGACGUGGAGGCCGGGCACCGGCGCGCGCUGAACGCGCUGCUGCGGCGGUCGGGCGUCGCGGGCGGGGACGUGGUGAUCAUGGCGGACGCGGACGAGAUCCCGAGCCCGGAGACGGUGCAGCUGCUGCGGUGGUGCGAGGGGGUGCCGCCGGUGAUGCACCUGCAGCUGGAGAACUACGUCUACUCCUUCGAGUUCCCCGUGGACCGCGGCAGCUGGAGGGCGACGGCGCACGUCUUCAGCGAGCGCACGGCGUACCAGCACUCCCGGCAGAGCGACCUGAUGCUGGCGGACGCCGGGUGGCACUGCAGCUUCUGCUUCAGGGAGAUCGGCGAGUUCGCGUUCAAGAUGAAGGCGUACAGCCACGCUGACCGGGUGAGGCGGCAGAGCUUCCUCGACCCGGAGAGGAUCCAGCGGGUCGUCUGCGCCGGCGACGACCUGUUCGACAUGCUCCCCGAGGAGUACACCUUCAGGGAUCUCUUCAAGAAGAUGGGGCCAAUACCCAGAUCGGCGUCGGCCAUGCAUCUGCCUUCCUAUUUGAUCAAGAACGCACACAGGUUCAGGUUCUUGCUUCCUGGUGGAUGCAUGAGAUCAGGUUAAAACAGUCAGUGUUUUACUUGUGACUUUGUGAGUUUGUAACGCGGCAACCUUACUUAGAUGUGAUAUGCUGUUGUUUCUAAAUGUGCAAAGUGUAUCUCGUUUGAUGUGAAACAGUAUUAAUCUAGACAUGAUAUACAGUUUACAUUUUUGUUUA